AUGGCGAGAACCGUCGCCAUUGCCAUCCUGUGGCUUCCAGGGAUUCUUGCUUUCAACACGACGCAAGUGCGCAUUCAGACACCCUGGACCUGUCAAACUGCUACAUGUUCCUGUUCCGAUCUAGAGAUGGUGAACAUGGAGACGGGCACGGUGAUGCCGAGCGACAUGCAGAUCCAUGCCGUGAAGUACUGGCCUGAGCCGGUCGGAUACCAGGGUGUCUUUGUGAACAAUGACCGGGACCCAUACACCAACAUAUACGAAGAGAUCCAUGCGAGGGACUUGCCCGUGAUCCGAAACGAGAUAGGAGCCAAUGCGCUUUUGCUGGCUCCAUGGAGCUUCAGGCACAGGAGCCACACUCAGUUCCUGGAAUUUGCCUCGGCGAAUGACCUGAAGGUCAUCCCAUCCUUCGACCUUUCCUGGUAUUGGGAAGAUGGCACAUGGGCUCAACCAGCUACAAAAGGGGCCUUGCGUAAGGAUUUCCUUGAUUUCUUGCAGUACUCGGCCCUCGUGAAAGAUGCGCAGCCUGCACAGCUGAGCACACCAGAGACAAUCCUCCUCUGGAACCUACAAGGCCUUCCUUCUGUUGAAGCGCUUCUGCCACGGAGCUGCGUGGCAGGUGCCCUGACCGAUGUGGCCAACUUCAGGAAUUGCAUUGCCUCAUCCGGGGAUCUCGUGGAUGCACUGGUCACCGUCCAAACGGUCCAGGAGAUGCUGCAGGUGGUGCGGGAGGCGCAGCGGGAGUUCCACUGCGAGGAAGGAGCCGUGAGGUCCGAGUGCCUAGCAAGGGACGAUGCCACCGUCUUCAAGUUCGAUCGACCCUUGGCGCUGACGGUGGACCUGGGAGAUGUGUACCUCUCUGUGUCGGAGAAUGCGGAGUACUUGAAAGCCUUCAUCUUUUGGAUGGAGCGGGUGGUCGGCUGCCAUGCCGUUGCGGUUGGUCAGGUCCAGGUGCCUGAGAGCUUUGCCGAGGUGGCGCAGCAAUGCGCCUUCAACGGGUAUGGUUUGUUCGACAUGUGGAUUCUCAAAGCCCGCGCGGUCGCCGAUGAUGUCGAGGCCGCUGCCAUUCGUCGACUCCGGGACCAUUUCAGCCAGCCGAAGCAGAACUUGGGGUCUGGAGCUGCCUCCGUCUCCGAUCUCUCCGGCGCCAUGAAGCCCAUGGUUUUGGAGUUUGGAUUCCCUGCUUUCUCCCACGGCUCCAUGCAGCCUGAGAAGCAACACCGGGCCCUGCACGCCGUGUGGUCAGGGAGCGGCAAUGGGGACGGGAUCAAGAACGCCUGGAGCAGCGGCUACUGUGUGCGAGGAGCUGCGGUCGAUGAGUGGCAGGACGUCUGGAGCGCUGAUGAGCGUUAUGAGUCCUGCACCGAGCUGAAGUCCAAGUUUGGGCACUCGACAUGUGGACCCUUGACUGAUGCGGGUCAACUUGCAGUUGCCUACCAGGGUUUGGUAGGGCAGUUCCACAUCUUUGGCCGGCAUUGCGUGCAGAAGCGCUAUCUGGAUGUGAACGCCAGCGUGCGCUUUCAGUUUGUUGACGACUUGCAGAGUCUCCAGAACGACUACAACCCUCCGUCGGUAUGUGCUGCGGUGGUGUUGAGGCGAGGUGUCACACUCAUCGCCUUCUAUGCAGCGAGCGGGCUUUUCGUCUGCUUGGGGCUAGGCACCCUUUGCUCACUGUGCAGACGGCGGGCCUGGUGCACGGCCCGAACAACAGAAAACGAUCAUGAAGCCAGCAAGCAAAACUGCUUCAAUCUGGAGCAGCUGAUGCAAGCAAGCUCAACCAGGAAGGUCUUGGAGGAUCUUUCGGCCGUGCCAUUCGGAAGACUGCUUGCCGUGAAGGUCUCGGAAGCGCUGGAGGAUGGCCGCGAGGUGCCCGUCCAGUAUAGCCAUCUCCGGGGAUACUGUGGCUGGGGUUUUGCCAAAGUCAACGGCGCAUUCUCAUACCACCGGCUGCAGUACAACGGCCGUGGCCGGGGCACGGCUGUGCAGAGCUGGGACACCGCAGAGUCCUUCAUCCGAUUCCUGCAGGAACAGUCGGACCGGUCCCUCGCUGUCUACGGCUUCACCGAUGCGGAGCUACGACGCACGGAGCUGAUCGGCAACCGCACUGUGCGGCGCCGUGAUCUGCUCGAGCUGCUGGAUGCACACGGCUGCUUCAACGCAGGUGACACUGUGACAGGGCGGGCUUCAAGCCACCUUCAGGUCUUGGGCAUACAGGCUGAGCUGGCAGUGGACCUGUCCUACCGAGCCAACCCGCUCUUCUUAUCUGGAGUUGCAGAAGAGGUCUGGUCAACGCCGGGGGAUGAGAACGACAUGAAUGGAUGGCUGGCCAGGACGGGUACGAACAUGAGGCUGUUCCUGGAGAUGCUCGUGAACACGCAUCUGGCAACGCAGGCAGAUCGCCUCAGGCGCCAGAUCGAGCAUGAGGCAACAGCGGUGGCUGCGGAGGAGCAGCGCCGGCAGAAGCCGGAGCUAUGCGACGACGUUGCCAUCAACAGGAGGGCUUGUUAUAACAUCUGGCGCCGUGUGCUGGAGGGCUACCAUGCUUGGCAAGGAGUUGUAGGCAACGCAAGGGACCUGGACUACGACGAAGACAAAGUCCAGAAGUAUUUUGUCGAGGCCCUGACGUCCCGUCUGAUCGGAUCGAUCGCUGAGCACCUGAUCCAUUCUCCUGAGUGGCUCUCUUGCGUCCACCAGAAGGUCUUCGAGAGCAUGCAGGUCGAUGAGGGUUCCGGAAGGCCUUCCUUCACCUGUCACGUGGACUAUGCAGAUUUGUGCGAGCCCCUGGAGUUCUUCUGCCGCAACUCCAACAUCUUUGCCCCCAAGCAGGGGAUCAACUUCGAUGACAUCAACGACUGCGGGCUCUUGUCCGCAAAAGGCCCGGAUUUGACGAAGGUCCAGAAGACCUGGAGUGAGCCCGUGGGCCUUUGGGUGGCCUUUAACUUCAUUGUGAACUACAAGUGGGUGCUGACCAUGGCCAUCUGGCUCUUGUGGUCUGCCUUUUUGCUCUAUGACAGCGAGGUCUUCGAAGAUUGGGUUGGCAACAGCUCCCGCCAGCCGACCUUAAAUCGAUUCUCCUUCUACAGCCUUGCCUUUCUGGACUCACUCUGGCUCUGCUUUCUGAUGUGCUGCGAAGUCUUCGUAAGUGACUCCCCGACCCCUUACACGAUUGGUCGGACGGCGCGCAAUUGCUGUGUUAAGCUCCUGAGGGUGUGCAGGGUCUUGCCAACUCUGGCGCUCGCGGCAGCCUGGACACUGAUUGCAUGGCCAGAUGUGCUAACUGAAGCUGCAUCCAGCUUGGGGCUAGAUGCAUCCAGCCUUGAUGUGCUUCCAAGCGACUUUGCCAAGACGUUCUGGUACCUGCCGGUGGCUUACCUCGCCUUCCGGUUUCUGUAUGGCAUGACGCCCCGCCUCAGACUUACCAGCGCAUACCAGAUCUUGCAGCUGGCAUAUUUCCGAAGGAUUAUGCUCUUCUGGGCGGCAUUCGGGUUGUUCUGCUUUCUGUGCAACUACUCCAUGCUGGUGGGGCUUGUGCGGCCAUUGACUCCGCACCAGCUUUGUAAUAUGAACGAUGAUGAUGCGGACUUUUGCAGCUCCUACACUGUCGACGUCUUCACUGCUAGUAUUGUCGUGAAGGAUGUGCGGUGUGUCGCCUGCAAUGCUACAGUGUUUGCGAGCUGGGCGCUUGUGGCAUUGAGUAGCAUGCUGAUGAUGUACUUCAUCUUCAACCUCUUUGUUGCCAUCGUUGGUAGUUCAGUGGGAGCUGCACGUGGCUUUGUGGAGACAAGCAUCCCAUCCUUGGAGUUCCGUGUAGAGACCGUCACCGCAGACUUCACUUCGAUGCGAAAGGCCGAAGCGAGCUGGAUGACCCACGGCUCCAUCUUGAACGCAGUCUUUGGCAAGGACUGGCAGAAAGUGUGGGCGAUGAUGGUGGACGGCUUGUAUGAUGAGUGCCUCAUCGACAGCAAGAUGCGCAACAGCUUGCUGUCUGCAGCCAAGACGGGUGGCUCCGUGAAGCUGUCCGGUAAGGAUAUGCAAAUCCUCGAUCGUGCCAGGGCCAGGCUGGGGUACCUUUUCACCAGCCUCAGAUCAAUCUUGGGCGACACCAACAUCAACUUCAAGCCCUACAAUCCUUCCGCAGAUGGAGUUACGGAUGCCUUGGGCCUGACCCAUCGGGGCCGCAUCCCAUCUUUGACUCAGAUAGUUCCCGUCUACAGCGAGGAGGGCAUCAUGGACAUCAAGGAGCUUGUGGGGGACCCCAAGGCAGGAGCUGUCUCGACGAUGCUCGAGUUCCUGAUCUCGCAGUUGCCCCGUGAGUGGGAGAUCUUCGCCCAAAACGAAGGCCUGCACCCAACGGAUCUUUAUGAUCAGCUCUGCGAAGCCAACAAAGGGAAGGGCUCGGGAUCAUCAAAGGCUCAGCAAGACCGCGUCCGGGAAUGGGCCUCGCAUCGUGCUCAGAGUGUGAUUCGGACUGUCAACGGCGCGGUGCACUACCACCGAGCACUGAAGGUCUUGCUGGAAGGAAAGGACGGAAAGGAUGGAAAGGAUGGCGAGGUCGACAAAGCUGACAAAGGUGGUGUGGGAUUUGAGGACCUCCGCUCCCACGCCCAGCUCAUCAUGGCCCACCAGACCUAUGGCAAGCUGAGCCUCGGCAAAGCUCAGCAGGUGAAGAUCCAGCAUGGUAUGAUCACAACGCCGGCUCCACAUGGCCUUCGCCCCAACGAUCGCGUGCGCCUGACGCUCGACUCCCUGAAUGCAGAGGACGCGGUGGCCAGGCGGGCUGUGGAGAAGAUCUGGAAGAAUCGUGCAAUCGCCAAACUGAAGCACCGUGCCAAGACGCGGCAGGAGGUGGAAGCCAUUCUGAGCGAUGGGGCGCAAGUCCAGUCCCUUGUUGAUGAAGUCCUGGUAGAUGGAAGCCUCUCGGAGGCGGUGGAUGAUGCCAAGGUAGAGAGCACCAUGAGCGAUGACCCAUCCGAAGGAGCAGUGACCAGCACCAGCUCUUCAGCUUUUGCACGGCAUCCCGCACUACUUGGCCGACUCUGGGGCCAAGCGCAGAUCAAGGGACUGCAGAACUUCCGCGGUGGAGGUUUCUACACGAUCAAGGAGAUUGUCGACGAGCACACUGCCGUUCUGUCUGACAGCUCCGUGAAUUGUGGGACGGCCCGGCUGGAGAAGGCGGAGCUCACGAAGCGGGAGCAUGACGUGCACUAUAUGCUUGCCAAGCACCAGGGCUUCCCUUUCUUUGUUUGCAUCGAUUUCCAGCGAGGGAAGAGCCAUCCACAGCUGGAGGAGAUGAUUGACGCACAUGUGUCCAAGCAAGCGGCAGGUGUGGAGUGGGCCUCCGUGCGCUUCCGGCAUGCCAGUGUUUUAAUCAGGCACGGUGGCGAGACCGGGUCGACCGGGUCGACUGGGUCCUGGCCCAUCGAGAUUGUCCAUGUGCUUCCCCGAGCACGGGGCCUCCUCAUCGGGACGGUUGGGAAUUUGACGCAAGGAAAGGCAGGAAACCAGUUGGGGGCCCUGCGCUUCGCGGAGGGCCACUUUGUCCAGAUGAUGGAUGCAAACAUGGGCUGCUAUGCGGGCGAAACCUUCAAGGUGCCAGUGGUAUUGCAAGGCUUUCAUCGCUCGUCGCUGACCGAGGGGGACUAUGAUCACCGCCUGAAGCUCCAAGCCCGGAUCAUUGGCUUCCGUGAGCACAUCUUCACGCGCGAGCAUGGCCUGGUGGGGCAGAUCAUGGCGGAUGCCGAGUGGACUUUUGGGACCUUGGUGCAGCGUCUGCUGGAGUUCUUGACAGUCCGCAUGCAUUACGGACACCCUGACUUCAUGGAUGGGUUCUGGGCAGCCAACCGCGGCUCCGUGUCCAAGGCCUCGCCCCACAUCAACUUGUCAGAAGACAUCUUCGCGGGGCUGAACGUGAAGAUCCGGCACCAGCAGUCCCUGCACACGGAUUAUCUGGAGUGGGAGAAGGGGCGCGAGGUUCAAUUCUUGGCAGGCUCUGGCUUCUUCUGGAAGAUCGCCAGCGGCAGCGUGGGCUUGCUGCGCACACGCGACCUGCGAACGCUCUGCGGCAAUGCCUCCGUCAUGGAAACCUUUGCUCUCUACUUUGCCACUGUGGCCUGGUACAUUCACAACGUCCUUGUAGACAUCAGCACGGAGGUCUUCGUGUUUAUCUUCAUCUACUUGACCCUCGCAUCGAAGUCCAUCGCAGACCUGGGCGAGCUGGGGUCCAUGCUGGCGGCAGAAUGGUUCCUCACGCCUGCAUUCUCAGCAAUGCUGCCUGCCAUCAUCGGGUUGGGAAUCGAGUACGGGCCUGUGUGGAUGAUCAGAAACUACAUCUUCACUGCUCCUAUGUCCAUGGUGUACUUCAUCUUUAUCAACAAAGCCAUGUCCUCCUCAGUCCGAACAACCUUCGCUGCCAACACUGCUGAGUACGUCAACACAGGGAGGCCACAUGCCAACAAGAGCUAUACGCUAAUGGAAGCUUUCCUGGCGUAUUGGAAUUCGCACUACCGGCCGGCUUUGCGAAUCAUCUACUGCAUCGUGUUGUAUCGGUCGAUGAACAGCGAUGGUGCCUUGCCACUCAUCCUUGUGUCCUUUACAGCCUUCGUGUGGAUCCUGGCCCCGAUCCUCUUCCAGCCGCCCACAAAGACAGUGUGUGAACAGACCCGUGAACUGGUCGGCUUUGUGGCGAAGGUCCCUGCUCACCGCGAACGCCUCACCUCUGGAAAGCCCAGCUCUCUCUAUGAGGCAGGCUUCGAGCAAGAGCUGAAGCAGGCCAAUCGAGGUCUCGUCCUGCCUCUUAUCUCUGGCUUCCUCCUUUGCCUUCUCUACCUUUUCAUGACAUCCUCGGACAUCUUGGACCAGAUGUGGGCCCCGCUUUGCGGCAUGUUCAUCCUCUUCCUGUUCCGAUCGGUGCUGGCCAUCUCCGGCAUCAAGUCUGCAGGUAUGAUGAUGCUGGCCAUCCCGUGCCUGUCCCUGUUCGUGAUCUUCUUCUCCACUUACAUUGUGGAGAAUCGGGAUUUCGGGUCCCUGCUCGUGGCCACGCUGAUCCUAAUCCAGUUCUUGACCACCGUGAAGCUGCUGGUCUGGUCCUUCUUCGCCCUGGUGCUGCCGAGAGGCAGCCCACUGGGCUAUGAGCAGGUGGUUCGCUUCACCUUCGACUUCCUGUGCAUCUACGAGCUCCAGUUCUUUGGAGCUUUGGUUGUGCUGAUUCUGCAGACCAUCUUCGCCAGCAUACUGUGGUUGCUGGAUAGACCUCCUCUGCGGCUGCGCACGGGCCUGAUCCUCAACAGGCGUGUGUCGAUCGGAUGUGUGCGGACGAUCUUCGGUGAGCCUGAGAGCAAAGAUGAGUGCAUCACCGUCAAGGUGGAUGGAUGA